AUGUCUGAAGAAUACGAUUACGAAAGCCUUGGCAGCAACUCUUCUAUGGCGCAAAAUGCGCUUGCUGGUGCUUUUGCAGGUGCAGCUGAACACUGUGCCAUGUAUCCUGUCGAUUCCAUCAAGACACGAAUGCAAGUAAUCCAAAGUACUCGACCUGCACCUACCGUAUACCCUGGCUUUAAGGCAGCCUCUCGUAAUCUUUGGCGUGGUGUCAACUCUGUUCUUCUUGGUGCAGGCCCAGCUCAUGCACUUCAUUUUGCUACCUAUGAGUAUGUCAAGGAGAAGUUGGGAGCUGAUGAAGAACAGGGCAACCAUACCUUGAGCUUUGCAGCAGCAGGCGCUUGUGCUACACUUGCUCAUGAUACCCUAAUGACCCCUUUUGAUGUCGUAAAGCAACGGAUGCAGCUCCGCGACUCGACAUUCACCUCUGUUCGUGAAUGUGCACGCAGCGUGUUAGCUAAGGAAGGUGUUGGUGCAUUUUACAUUUCUCUCCCUACCACCCUUGCUAUGUCGGUGCCAUUCCAAUCUAUCCAAUUUGCCACGUACGAGUACUUUCGUAAAUACUUUAACCCUGAUGGCGCAUACGAUCCAAAGACACAUGCUAUUGCUGGUGCAUUGGCAGGUGCUACAGCAUCAUCCCUCACCACGCCUUUGGAUGUGAUUAAGACUCUACUUCAAACUCGUGGUCAUAAUCCUGAUCCUCGUAUUCGCAAUGCUACCGGUUUUUGGGAUGCCAUGACUAUCAUCAAACAGCGUCAUGGACUCAGCGGCUUCUUUAGAGGAUACAAGCCUCGUGUCCUUACAAACAUGCCAAGUGCUGCUAUCAGCUGGAGCGUAUACGAGUACUUUAAGUGGUUCCUCGACCAACGUGAACCUGCUUAUGGCGUCGACAAGAGUCUUUUGCGUGUUUAA